AUGGUUCCACUAAAUCUUCUCGUUGAUCCUGGUGCUGAAUCACCGGGUCUAGCUGGUUGGACACAAACUGGUUCAUCUAACGUACUUCAAGAUACGGGUGGUCUGGAAUUUGCUGGCUACAAUCCACACACCGGCAGUGCCUGCUUUGCAGGUGGUUUUGGAUUGGGUGGAUCUCCAUCAAGUCUGUUGCAAAAUGUCAAUUUGCUUAAUGGAAUGCAAAACUUUUCGGCAGCACAGCUUGAUACCGGAACAUUACAUGCUAAAAUAUCAUUUUAUUACCAAUCUUACUACAGUUGGUUGUAUCCAUACGAUGACGCUGAAGUAACAAUCACAUUUCUUUCGAAUACAAAUGCGGUAUUGGGUACACAAGAUACAGGGUAUCAAAUUUGUAGCUCCAACAAUCCAGGUUGGUGUUAUUACAAUAAUCUUUAUAGUCUUCCUGUAGGCACACGAAGUAUUGACUACAAGAUGAUAUUUACUCGCAACUCUGGUACCAAAAUUACUGCAUAUAUAGAUGACAAUUCGUUGACACUCGUGUGA